AUGAAGGAUCGUUUAAACACGUUGCACGAUCUUCUUGAGGAAAAAUUACAAGUAGUAAAGAAAUUUGACGAAGAAAUCUUACAGUUGUGCGAAGUUAAAGAAAUAGAAAACGAGAUUGAAGUAUCCGAGGAAUUAAAUUCACGAGUUCUUCAUGUUAAAAAACAAAUAUCCAAGUUUUUUGCGAAGAAAAUCGACGAUACGGGAAAAGUACCUAUUCACGAUAUAUCUAUACCUGAUUCAAAUACCUCGCAAGUAGAAAUAACAGAGGUAGGUGAAAUUUCCUCUGAAAUUAUUAAAUGUCAAUAAUGAAACAAUAAACGAACAGGACAAUGUUAAUUCAACCCAAGAUCCUACACCAAGUAACCCAACCUUAAUUCACCCAGACCCUAGUAAUCCAGCACCCAGUAGUCAAUCAAGUGGAAAUUACGUCAUAGGUUAUGGUGCAAAAACGAAGCUUCCAAAGUUAACUUUACUCCGGUUCAGAGGAGAUAUUACUGAAUUUCAACCAUUUGGGGAUAGUUUUGAAAAUGCUGUCCAUAAGAAUACAAGUUUGUCAAGCAUUGACAAAUUUAAUUACUUAUAUUCCUUGUUGGAGGGUUCAGCAUUACUGGUUAUUAAGGGGUUGGCUUUGACUGAAGAAAACUACAAAGUUGCAAUAGAUAUUCUCAAACAACGUUAUGGAAAUACACAAAUUGUCAUAUCCGCCCACAUGGAUGAAAUGUUAAAACUUCCCGAUUGUUCGACUGGAAAGGUACGCGAUCUUCGAAGAGUGUAUGAUAAAAUUAAUGUUAACGUAAGAGGGCUUGAGGCCCUUGGAGUAAAAUCGGAACAGUAUGGUAGUCUACUUAUUCCAGUUAUCAUGUCAAAACUACCACCUGAGUUACGAAUCCAUGUUGCAAGAAAGACUGCCAGUGAACUUUGAAAAAUUGACGAUAUUCUGGAAAUUAUUCGAAAGGAAGUAGAAGCACGGGAGAUCAGUGAGAGUGUUCGUACCACAGAAUAGAUAUAGAGCAGAAGGUUCACUCAAGGGUAAAAAGUGUGCCAGAAUGUCAGCCGACUUCCGGCGUGGCCGCCAUGUUGAAAGCAACCAAACCAGAGGAAAUUUUAUAGGAGUUAAUAUGGCGGAAUACGAAGAAGAGGUUGUUCUUUGAUUUAAUUGUCACUAUGAGGAUGAGAAACGAAUUUAAGCGUGGAAUUUGGCCAUUGUCAUACAUCGAUUAAUUUCACCUCGGUCUUUGGCGAAUAGUGAUAAACAUAUAAAGUUAUAUAGUUAUAUACAGUCUAGGACCUGUAUAUGAGUUUGUAUGCAUUUCAUUUAAGACAGAUAAUCUCAACUGUUUUAGGGUAAGUUGACCAUGACGGUCAACAUGGUAACGCUGCCCGAACCCCAAUCCGGGGCGAAACGUCUGAAACUGACCACACCCAAAAAUGACACUUUCGCCAUACUGCUAUCUACCAAACCAUAAAAGCUUUGGCUAUUCUGAGGUGCUUAUAUGGUUCAGAGAUGGUACUUUUGGGGGUGGUCAUUGGUAAAUGUGAAAUGCCAAGCACUAAUAUUUCACAAGAAAAUGGCCAAGCAAUAAUCAUAGUUAAAGGUCAAUUUGUGGCUUGCAAAUUCAGAUAAACAGCAGUGGACUUACAUUACCUUUUUCCCUAAAUCUUUUUGAUAGAAACAUAAAUUGUACUUAUUUAAAUAUAUUAUCACUGGUUUGGUGUAAAAUAGUUAAUAUUUUCUGACCGAAAUAAUAAUUCGAAAUGUGCCUACCUCCUGCAAAUGGACGUAUUUGGCCAAUUUCUCCACUUUACUCCGCUGUUUAUCGGCGAUCUCGUCGACAUCCUACAAAAAAUGUAAAUCAUCUCAGACGUAGUGGUAUCAAGAACAUUUUAAACAAGUUUCAACUUGGUUUCAAGUAGAUCAUACCUGUUUAACCAUCGACAAGGUAAAUCCACAACUUUGUCCAAAUUCGGCGCCAUUUUGUCAUCCCAUGUCGCUUGUUAACAAUUCAGCCUUGUUACUCUUCCAUCCAAGCCGUUUCCAUUCCACUAAUUAUAAAUUUAACCCUUUAUAACAGGAGGAAACUAAAAAAUCUAAACAAAAUAUAAGAAAUACUCCAUUUUAUCACCAUGUAAAAUUUUGCUCACAAGUCUUUCAAAACAUUCCGUACAAAUAUCGUGUGACAAAGUAACAGGGACGUGACAGGAGGGGGUGAAUUAUUUCACGAAGAUAGAAGGCUGCGUGAAAUAGACUAGUCUAAAAGCUAAAUACAAUCAUACAAAUGUUUGUUUUAUUUCUUGUAGCGACAAAUAUAUACAUAUUAUUUAUUAAUAUGAAAAAGUCAUACAAAUUAAAUGUUGAUUGUUGGUUUUACCCUAAUGUGUGGGCAUUCCUUUCAUUUUUCAAGUCUCUCCCCCCCCCCCUGUCACGUCCCUGUUGCUAAACCACGCGAGAUUUGUACGAAAUGUUUUGAAGGACUCGUAAACAACAUUUUACAGGGUGAUAAAAUGGCGUAUUUCUUGUAUUUUGUUUAGAUUUUUAGUUUCCUCCUGUUAUAAAGGGUUAAAUGUAUUAUUAGUGGAAUGGAAAUGGCUUGGAUGGAAGAGUAUCAAGGCUGAAUUGUUAACAAGCGACAUGGGAUGACAAAAUGGCGCCGAAUUUGGACAAAGUUGUGGAUUUACCUUGUCGAUGGUUAAACAGGUAUGAUCUACUUGAAACCAAGUUGAAACUUGUUUAAAAUGUUCUUGAUACCAUUAUGUCUGAGAUGAUUUACAUUUUUUGUAGGAUGUCGACGAGAUCGCCGAUAAACAGCGGAGUAAAGUGGAGAACUUGGCCAAAUACGUCUAUUUGCAGGAGGUAGGCACAUUUCAAAUUAUUAUUUCGGUCAGAAAAUAUUAACUAUUUUACACCAAACCAGUGAUAAUAUAUUUAAAUAAGUACCAAUUAUGUUUCUAUCAAAAAGAUUUAGGGAAAAAGGUAAUGUAAGUCCACUGCUGUUUAUCUGAAUUUGCAAGUCACAAAUUGACCUUUAACUAUGAUUAUUGCAUGGGCAUUUUCUUGUGAAAUAUUAGUGCUUGGCAUUUCACACUUACCAAUGACCACCCCCAGAAGUACCAUCUCUGAACCAUAUAAGCACCUCAGAAUAGCCAAAGUUUUUAUGGUUUGGUAGAUAGCAGUAUGGCGAAAGCGUCGUUUUUGGGUGUGGUCAGUUUCGGACGUUUCGCCCCGGAUUGGGGUUCGGGCAGCGUUACCAUGUUGACCGUCAUGGUCAACUUACCCUAAAAGAGUUGAGAUUAUCUGUCCUAAAUGAAAUGCAUACAAACUCAUAUGCAGGUCCUAGACUAAUAUUAGUUUAUAAUGUUUUGGACCAGAGUUGGUUGCUUUCAACAUGGCGGCCAAGAUCCGGAAGUAACAUGUGCCGGCACAAAAACUUCAAAGGUUCCGAGUCGAGUGAAGCUUCUGCCUAUUUCUAUUUUGUGGUUCGUAGAAGCAAUUCUAGUUUUAAUGACAUUCGCAAGCAAAACGAAGUAUGGAAACCAAAUCGACAGCGGAAUUACAGUUCAUCUGCGGCAAGUCUAUUCGUUAAAGAUGGGGAAAAUGAGCGAAAGAUAAAAUGUGUCUGUUGUGGACAAUAUCAUUACUCAGCAUCGAGCGAACAUGUGAAAGAUGUGGAUGAUCGAAAGGGCAUUUUAAGAGAUUAGAACCGUUGCUAUUUAUGUUUGCAAGGUGGCCAUUGUGCACAUGAAUGUGAAAAUGGCAGGCUCUGUCGUUGGUGCAAUGGCAAACACCAUCAAUCUAUUUGUACUAAAGCUACCAAAACACUUCGAAAGAUCAAUCCUGAAGAAACAACAAAACCAGAAGCGAAAGAGGAGAAAAAAGAAACGCAGAACCUCACAACAACUACAACGUCCAACGGCUCAUCAAAAGUGUUUUUGCAAACUGCCACGACAUAUGCUUAUUCUCAACAUAGCAACAGAGCUAUUCCUGUUCGAAUGCUUUUAGACAGUGGUAGUCAAAGCCAGUCACACGCAACAUCUGAAGAAACGACUUGGCAUUCAACCAGUAAAGAAAGAAACGCUUAA